UGGCAGCAGGAGGGUGUGUGUGCCUCCUCUCCGCUCAAUAGCAGUGCCACAAACCCAAAACAAACCUCCAUAACACCCUCCACAGUGCCACAGGACGCUGAGGAUGGUGAAAACUGGCACUAUAGGAGGUGAAUAAGGAGCCUAGGUGGGUGGAGUGUCCGUAGAGGUGACAGAAGGGCCAGUUUUAAGGUAGUGGAAGUAGGAUUUUUGCCCAUACUGCGCCUGGCACAACCACCACCACCACCACCGCCACCGCCACUCAGCUGACGGCCGCAAGAUUGGCAGCUCUGCACCGGACGGAAGGGAGGGCGAAGAGGAGGAGAGGCGGAGAGCGGAGAGGCCGAAGCGAGGGAGGACGAGCGACGCAAUAGCCAGGCAGCAUGGCGGAGGAGGGCGACUUUAAUUUCACCCUGAUGGAGGCGCUGGGGGGGCAGGAGGCGGCGCAGGAAGUAAACGUUACCCUGGACAAUUUGCUGGACCCCGCGAACUCCACAUUCUUGGGCAAGUCAUCAAUUCGGUCACCCGGAGUCGUGCUGGGGUCCAUCUUCUCGUGUGAGGUGUGGACAUCCCCCCAACACCUACUCUUUCAACUCGCCAACGGGUGCUUCUUCGUGAGCUACUUGGCGCCCUCACAAAGCAAAGGCCUUCUCUUCAUGCACUGCGUCCUCAUCAUAGGAUUUCUUCUUUACUCCACCUGGGCCUGGAACGUCAUCUGUGCCCCUGACGUGUUUUCCUGGAAUUUCACGUUCAUGCUGCUCAACAUGGGUCAGACGCUCUACAUCAUAUACCAGAUGCGGCCAGUCAAGCUGAACAAGGAGCUGGAGGCGAUGUACGAGGCCCUCUUCCAACCCCUGAAUGUGCCCCGUCUACUCUUCAAGCGCCUGGUGUCGGUGGAAUACGCCCAGGUGAUGUCCCUACACGCUGGUGAGGCUUACGCGAUGCAGAACCUCACCAGAACAGACAGACUGGGACUUCUGCUCUCUGGGAAGGUCAACGUGAUGGCGGACAACCAGUUCCUGCACUCCAUCACCAGCAUGCAGUUCAUCGACUCCCCCGAAUUCGAGUCUUCAAGAGCAUCGCUGGAGGACAAAUUCAAGGUGUCGAUUAUCGCUGCCACCUCCUGCCGGUACGUUUUCUGGCACCGCACGAGUCUGGAGUACCUGUUCGUUAAGGAGUCAUACCUGGCGGCCGUCCUCUCCACCCUGAUCGCCCGGGACAUCACCACCAAGCUGUACCACAUGAACCAGAAGAUUGUGACGGAGAAAGGCUCGCACCUCGAUAUCCGGCUCCCGUCCCUCACGUCCUCCCUCUCCUCCUCGUGUGGUGGGGAAGGCUCUCUGCGUUCACCUGCCAGAUUCUCCAUAAGGUCUGGGGUCGGCGGGGGGCUUGGAGGCGGCCACGGGGGGAGCGGGAGUAGCGCGGGGGGCGUGGGGUGCGGUGGGGGGCUAGCUUCCUCGCUUGCUGGGGUGGCCGGAAUGGGAACUUCUACCAAGCACUCUCGUCUCGGCUACACCAUCCUGCCCACCUCGGCCCCGCGGUACGAGGGUCGGGAUAGGCUGGACCUGGCGUACCGGGAAGGGGGGCGUGGUACGUACAGGGAGAACGGCUACGUACCCAACGGACGGCCGGAGAUGACGCCCCUUACCGAGCUGCCCUCCACGGACUCCCUCACGGACGCCGCCCAUGAUAUCCACACCUGGUUGGAAGACUCCUCGCGCUACACACAGAGAGAGUAACACACCUGACCCACACCUGAUACACACCUGAAAACACACACACACACACACACACACACACACACACACACACACACACAUACACACACUGACCUAAAUACUAAUCAGGUAAAUUACAUUAUCAUUUUUUUAUCUGUGAUUUGCAUCUUUUUGUACGUUUGUCUGUCUGUGUCUGUGAUUUAUCCUUUUUUUUCUUUCUUUUUGAUAUAUAUUUUUUUCUGUCUUUAUUUGUUUCAGUAUCUAAGUUUAUUUUUUUACCUGCAUUUUUCAUUUUCGUGUACGUCUGUUCGUGUGUUUUUAUCUUUUUUUUUUCUUUGGUAAUCUCUUUCUAUCUCCAUCUUUCUAUUUUUUUUAUAUAUAUUUUUUUCUCUGUCUUUGUUUGUUUCAGUCUUUAAGUUUAUAUUUUUACCUGCCUUUUUCAUUUUUGUGUGCGUCUGUUCGUGUGUUUUCAUAUAUUUUUUUAGUAAUCUCUUUCUAUCUCCAUCUUUCUAUCUAUUUUUUCUCAUUAUUUUUUACCCUGGCACAUUCUGAACACAACACAAACUCCAUAUAAACCACAACAAUUAUCCACAAACGUUUGAUAAUCUCCAUCCAGAUAUAUAUUCCUAUUUACAUAUACAAUCUAACGUUAACUCAUUUAUAUCAUGACCUAUAAUGACCCAAAGGCAUAUAACCGUGACCUUGUAUAUACCACUGUGAUAUUAUAAUGAGAUGUGAUAAGAGGCGUGACCAGCAUCCUGACCCCAUUCUUAGCCUUCUGCGGUACUACAACAAGCUUCCUGCGUAUCCCUCAGUGCAGUUGUCGGAAAUGGAAGUGGCUUGGUCAGUUUCCUCAGUUAAUAGCCUUUCUAAUCUGACUUGUCUCCUAACCUUAUUCUUACCUUUCUUCUGCGGUACUACAAUAACUUCCUCAGUGCAGUUGUAGUAAGAGGAAGCCGUUUGGUCAGUUUCCUCAGUUAAUAAGCUUUUCCAGUGUGACUAGUCCCCUAAUUGACCUCUCUUUUGGCUACUCUUUACUUUUAUCUUUUAUAGGAGCGGCGAGAAGCGGUCUUUUUUUUGUACUCUUUUUGUUGCCCUUGAGCCGUUGUGUCCUGUGAUGUAAAAAAAAAACCUCUAUUCUUAACUUUCUUCUGCGGUGCUACAACAAGCUUCCUGCGUAUCCCUCAGUUCAGUUGUAAGAGGAAAAGGUUUGGUUACUAUCCCAGUUUAUAAGCUUUUCUAAUAUGACCAGUCUCCUAACACUAUCCUCAGUUUUCUUCUGCGGUGCUACAACAAGCUUCCUGCGUAUCCCUCAGUUCAGUUGUAAGAGGAAAAGGUUUGGUUAGAUUCCCCAGUUUAUUAGCUUUUCUAAUGUGACCAGUCUCCUAACACUAUCCCCAGUUUUCUUCUGCGGUACUACAACAAGUUUUCUGCGUAUCCCUCAGUUCAGUUAUAUAAGGAUAAGGUUUGGUUAGUUUCAGUUCAGUUGUAAGAGGAAAAGGUUUGGUCAUUUUCCUCAGUUUAUCAGCUUUUCUAAUAUGACUUGUCUCCUAAUACACAGAGACACGACAGUCCUCGUCGACAGACCGACUUGGUCGGCUAGAUUUCGAUCGCCGAUAGAGUCAGUCUGUCGGCUCCCUGCUACGGGCCGCCUUUGGCAAAGGCCAGUGCUCCCUCGUGCAAGAGGGGGCAAUCUCCCCCCCCCCCCUCCUAAUACUAUCCUCAGUUUUCUUCUGCGGUGCUACAACAAGCUUCCUGCGUAUCCCUCAGUUUAGUUUGUCGGAAGAGGAACAGGAUUGGUCAGCAUUUUCAGCCUCUCAGCCUUUCUAAUCAACAUGAAUCACCCGUAUUAUCAACAGUAUGUCCCUCCUACAGGUAUUAUAAUGUAAACGUAUAUGAUUUGACACUAGGAUUCGUUGGUGAAGAUAAUCCGCCUUUCCUUCGGUGCUUCUAUUUAUAAGUUAUGAAUGACAAUGGUUUAUGACUAUCAAGAAAAGAGUGAUUUAUGUGUUACGAUUAAGUUUAUUACACGAAUUAACAAUGUACGUAUUUGUAACUGACGGUGUCUUUUAUUAAUAAGUUACUAAUUACAGAGGGUUUAAUGGGUUUAUGAGUAUCUCGAAAAAAAGAGGAAUUUAUGAGUUACGAUUAAGUUAAGUACACGAAUUAACAAUGUACGUAUUUGUACUUGCCUUUGCUUCGGUGUCUUUUAUUAAUAAGUUACUAAUGACAAUGGGUUUAAUGGGUAUAUGACUAUCUCAAGAAAAAAAAAGAGUGAUUUAUGAGUUACUAUUAAGUUUAUUACACGAAUUAACAAUGUACGUAUUUGUUUCUGCCUUUCCUUCGGUGUCUUUUAUUAAUAAGUUACUAAUGACAAUGGGUUUAAUGGGUUUAUGACUAUCUCGAAAAAAAGAGGAAUUUAUGUGUUACAAUUAAGUUUAUGUCACAAAUUAACAAUGCACGUAUUUGUAACUGCCUUUCCCGCUGUCUUUUCAUAAUAAGUUACUCUUGACAAUGGCUUAGUUGCUCUAUCUCAAGAAAAAGAGUGAUUUAUGUGUUACGAUUAAGUUUAUGACACGAAUUAACAAUGCACGUAUUUGUAACUGCCUUUCCUUCUGUGUCUUUUCAUGAUUACUUACUCUUGACAAUGGCUUAGUGACUGUCUCGAGAAAAAAGAGAUCUAUGGGUUUUAAUCGGGGGUUGUGUCCCGUCUCCUGGGAUCUGUUCCCUUCUCCAAUAAUUCCUUCCCGUUCUGUCUCUCUGCGGCAUAUGCCCACAGAUGUUGCGCCGACUAAACGAAACUUUCAAACUUUCUAUGGGUUACGAUUAAGUUAAGUGCACGAAUUAAUUACACAACUGUAUAAAAAAUGCAAUCAGACUUACAUUUACUGUUUUAUAUCUUGUUAAUAAUAUUCGUUUCGUCUCUUAGUGGUCAAAAAUAAUUGCUCGGUUGGCUGAAGAUUCUUUUACACAAUUGCACGAGGCUCCCUUUAACUAUGACCCGAAUGAACUGGCGUGACCUCGAUGACCAUGUGUGUGCGACCUGACCUCGACCUUGUGAGUGCGUGCGUGUGUGCGUGACCUGACUCCACUUAUCUGAGGCUGUAAAUAAAGUGUAAUCAUUCU